AUGGUCUCAAAAACAGCCACACUUCUUGGUUUUGUGGCGGCGGUGGUCGCCAGGGGAGUCGCCAUAUCUGGCGGUGACUUUGGCUGCGAAAUUGAUGGAAGCUGUCCCCUGGGCAAGGUCCAGCUGCCUCUCAGUUCACUGGGAGGCGGCGAUGGCGAAGGGCAGAUGAAGCACUUUGUCCAAGACGACAAGCUCAAUAUGUUCCGACUGCCCAUCGGCUGGCAGUUCCUCGUCAACAACCAACUCGGCGGACAACUCAACUCUAACAACUUCGGCCGCUACGACCAGGUCAUGCAAAAGUGUCUCGCAACAGGGGCCUACUGCAUGCUCGAUAUCCACAACUUUGCGCGGUGGAACGGUGGCAUCAUCGGUCAAGGCGGGCCGACUGACGACCAGUUCGUCUCGCUGUGGACACAGCUUGCGCAGAAAUAUGAGAGCAAUGAAAAGGUCGUCUUCGAGCUGAUGAACGAGCCGCACGACCUCGACAUCAAUCUGUGGGCGGCAACGUGCCAGAAGGUUGUCACGGCGAUCCGGCAGGCUGGUGCGACGACGCAGAUGAUUCUGCUGCCCGGAACCAACUUCGACUCGGCAGCGCAACUCGUCAGCAGCGGCAGCGCGGAGGCUUUAGCGGCGAUCAAGAAUCCCGACGGCACGACGGACGGCCUGAUUAUCGAUAUCCACAAAUACCUCGACGAGGACAACAGCGGAACCCACAAGCCGUGCACAACCGACAACGUGGAUAGUUUCAGGACGGUCGCCGAGUUUCUGAGAUCCAAGGGGCGCAAGGGGCUGGUUAGCGAAACAGGCGCCUCAAGCGAUGCCUCGUGUUUCACAAGCUUCUGCGCGCAGAACACUUUUAUCAACCAGAACUCUGACGUCUUCAUCGGCCUCGUCGCAUGGGCCGCUGGUAGCUUCGACACCAACUACAUCCUCAGCCUAACGCCCAAGAAGUCAGGCAACAGCUACACCGACAACCAAUUGAUGAAGCAAUGUGUUCUCGACACAUGGGCAAAUACGGAACAAAACGUAACGGCGCCGGCAACAACGGCGCCUCAGCCCGUAGCUUCUGGCACCAAGUUCGGCGCCGAAUCCAGCGCCGAACCCACCGUUGAAUCCGGCUCCGGCUCCGGCGCCCACCGCGGCUCUUAA